AUGAAAAUAAAAGUACUAUUCAUCUUGCCACCCAUUUUGUUGCUACCACAUUCGGUAUGGUCAGAAACGAAAGGUCCACCUGGGCCUCCCAAAACUCAGAUGCCAAAUGCUAACACACUACAUUUUCUAAAAGGCAAAUUAGAACACCUAAAUAAAAUCAGCAAAGAGAAUGCAGUAUCUCCAGAUUUAAAAAAAAACAUAGAACUGCUAAAAAAAAAAAUCGAGGAACUAGAAGGGAAGGCAGAAAAAGAUAAACAGGAUGGGGUGGAUACUAUACCCAGUGGACAGCAAGCAUGUGAAAAUGUGAGUCAAAACGGAUUAGAAGAGAAGACACCAUGUGGCAGCAAUGAGGGAAAAGCGGAGGAAAAGAAAACUCAAGUCAAAAAUGUCAUUUUUAUGAAAAAGGAGAAAGCGAUCGAUGAAGAAGUUGGGAACAAAGACACCGCUAUCAUAACUGAAAAGAAGAAAUUGCCAAUUGAGGAAUCGCCGGGAAUGGAUGGAACGCAGGCGAAGGAGAGUAUCGAGGGAGAAGCGUUACCCGGAGUUAUAGUGGACAAGACAGGUGAUUCACCAAAGGGAGAAAUCCUAUCCGGAUCGGAAACGGAAGCAAAAAAAAAGGAAAUGUAUUUCCAUCCAUAUUAUGGCCCCUAUUUUAACCAUCACGCAUACUAUAACUAUUACCCCUAUUAUAAUUAUCCCCCGGUGUAUAACCCAUAUGUGACCCAAACAAAGGAUUACGAAGUGGUUAAAAAAUUGAUUGAUGCUUGCUUUAACAAAGGGGAAGGAGCCGAUCCAAAUGUACCCUGCAUAAUUGACUUAUUCAAAAAAGUGUUAGACGACGAAGGGUUUCGAAACGAAUUUAAAACUUUCAUGUAUAACCUUUACGAAUUUGCCAAAAAGAAUGACGUCUUAAGUGAUGGCGGAAGGAAAAACGAAUUGAUGAAAUUCUUCUUUGACAAUGCCCUUCGGUUGAUCAACACGAUGUUGCACUACUGA